UUGGAAACGAGAUAACAGAAGAUCUUGAUUCUACUAUUAGUGGUAUAAGUGUAAAUAUCGUUAAAGAAUAAUAUUUAGAUUUUGAGACAUUCAUCUGGAAAGUUCCACAGAGUUCUGCGUCCUACUACUACUCGCUAGUACUUCCCACACAAAUCUACCUUCUAAUGAUUUCCUUCUUAUUAUUCCAUCCCACUUCCUCACCCUCAACUCUUUCAUAAAAUUCUAUCCAAAAAAAAAAAAAUUCACAACACUACUAAAUAAUUACUCACACCAUACAAUUUUCUCACACUAUUUUUUUAAGGUUAAAGAAAAAUGGGAGUAGAUUACUAUAAGAUUUUAGAAGUUGAUAAGAAAGCCAACGAUGAUGAUCUCAAGAAAGCUUACAGAAAGCUUGCCAUGAAAUGGCAUCCUGAUAAGAAUCCCAACAACAAGAAAGACGCGGAGACCAAAUUUAAACAGAUCUCUGAGGCUUAUGAGGUUCUAAGUGAUCCUCAGAAGAGAGCCAUAUACGAUCAAUAUGGUGAAGAAGGUCUGAAAGGACAAGUGCCACCUCCUGAUGCAGCAGGGGGUUUCCCUGGUGGUGGUACUACUUUCUUUCAAACUGGGGAUGGUCCAAAUGUGUUCAGAUUCAACCCCAGGAACGCCAAUGACAUUUUUGCUGAGUUUUUUGGGUCUUCAAGCCCAUUUGGAGGCAUGGGAGGCGGUGGAAGUGGCUUCCCAGGUGGUAUGAGGGGGUCAAGAUCGUUUGGUGGGGUGUUUGGGGAUGACAUCUUUAGUGCAUUUGGGGAUGGUCGGCCAAUGAGCCAAAGUCCUCGUAAGGCUCCUCCAAUUGAGAAUACUCUGCCUUGUAGCCUUGAAGAGCUCUAUAAGGGAACUACCAAAAAGAUGAAGAUAUCUAGAGAGAUUGCCGAUGCAAGCGGGAAAACCAUGCCAGUUGAAGAAAUCUUAUCCAUAGUGAUCAAGCCGGGCUGGAAAAAGGGAACAAAAAUCACAUUCCCAGAGAAAGGAAAUGAGCAACCAAAUGUGAUACCUGCUGAUCUUGUGUUCAUAAUUGAUGAAAAGCCACACAGUACAUUUGCAAGGGAUGGUAAUGACUUGGUUGUCACACAGAGGAUCUCACUUGCAGAAGCAUUAACAGGCUAUACAGUUAACCUCACCACACUGGAUGGAAGGAAUCUGACCAUUCCCAUCAACAGUGUGAUUAGUCCAAACUACGAGGAGGUGGUGCCGAAGGAAGGCAUGCCCUUACCAAAGGACCCUUCAAAAAGGGGUAACCUUAGGAUCAAGUUUAUUAUUAAAUUUCCAACUAGGUUGACUUCUGAGCAGAAGUCCGGAAUUAAGAAACUUUUGGGCUCUUGAAUUAGUUUUGGACUGGUGAAAUAAUAGACAGUUGAGUAUUUUGGUUUGUUAAUAAUAUUCUUUCUUGAGUUAUAUUGGAUUUUCUUGUUGUAACUUGUAAGGCUUGUAUAUUUAGAGCAAUAAGAUAUAUUUGGACGAUUCACUUCGAAUCAUAGUGUGUCACGGAAUUGAUGGAAACAGUUUGAAAGAUAUUCUCU